CAUUACACCCGGUGCACGUAUCCGAACUUUGUGAAUUUUGACGCGGUAUUCUUAAAUUAAGAAUGAAGCCGAAAUCAGAAUUGACAACGGAAGCAGCAUGGAACAAAGUGCAAGAAUAUUUCAACAAGAAUCAAUCGAAAAUUAAAAUACACGAUCUGUUUCAACAAGAUCCUAAGCGCUUUGCAAAAUUUAGUCUAGAAAUUUCUACUCCCAAUGAUGGCCCAAUUUUACUUGAUUACUCCAAAAACCGUCUCACUGAAGAAGCAUUUAAGCUACUGUUGGAACUAGCAUGUAAUCGAGAGAUAGAGAAAGCACGGGAUGCUAUGUUUAACGGAGAAAAGAUCAAUUUUACUGAGAACAGAGCAGUUCUCCACAUUGCUUUACGUAACAGAUCCAAUAAGCCAAUACUAGUUGAUAAUAAAGAUGUAAUGCCAGAUGUAAAUGCUGUAUUACAACAUAUGAAGGAAUUUACUGAAGAGGUUCUCUCUAAAAAAUGGAAGGGCUUCACUGGUAAACCAAUCGAAGAUGUUGUUAAUAUUGGAAUAGGUGGUUCAGAUUUGGGUCCAUUGAUGGUGACAGAAGCUCUGAAAGCAUAUCAUAUUGGGCCAAAAGUACAUUUUGUUAGUAAUAUAGAUGGAACUCAUAUUGCCGAAACUCUUAAAAAAUUAAAUCCUGAAACCACUUUGUUUAUAAUAGCAUCAAAAACAUUUACCACACAAGAAACAAUUACAAAUGCUACUUCUGCUAAAAUAUGGCUUUUAGAUGCUCUGAAAAAUGAUUCAGCAGUUGCAUGCCACUUUGUAGCAUUAUCUACCAAUAAUCAGAAAGUUAAAGAAUUUGGUAUUGAUGAGAAAAAUAUGUUUGGGUUCUGGGAUUGGGUGGGAGGCCGUUAUUCUUUAUGGUCGGCUAUUGGUUUAUCAAUUUGCUUGUCCAUUGGUUUUGAAAAUUUUGAAAAAUUAUUAAGUGGAGCACACUUUAUGGAUCAACAUUUCUGUAGUGCUCCAUUGGAAAAAAAUGCACCAGUUAUAUUAGCUUUACUUGGUAUUUGGUACCACAACUUUUAUAAAGUUGAAACACAUGCACUAUUACCAUAUGACCAGUACUUACACAGGUUUGCUGCUUAUUUCCAACAAGGAGACAUGGAGAGUAAUGGAAAGUAUGUUACUCGAACAGGAAAAGUUGUAAAUUAUAAUACUGGGCCAAUUGUAUGGGGAGAACCUGGCACCAAUGGACAGCAUGCUUUUUAUCAAUUAUUACAUCAGGGUACUCGAGUUGUACCUGCUGAUUUUAUAAUUCCAGUACAAUCGCACAAUAUGGUGCAAGGAACACUGCACCAUAAAAUAUUACUUGCCAACUUCCUUGCACAAACUGAAGCGUUAAUGAAAGGUAAAAAUGAGAGUGAAGCACGGGCUGAAUUGGAAAAAACAGGAAUGAGUGCUGAACAAGUAAAUUUGUUAUUGCCACACAAGAUGUUUGAAGGAAAUAGACCGACCAACAGUAUUCUCGUGAAGAAAGUGACACCUUUUACUCUUGGAGCUUUAAUUGCAAUGUAUGAGCACAAGAUCUUUGUACAAGGCAUUAUAUGGGAUAUUAAUUCGUUUGAUCAAUGGGGUGUUGAACUCGGAAAACAGUUGGCAAAGGUAAUAGAACCUGAGUUGGAAACUAAGGAAGCAAUUACAAGCCACGAUUCAUCAACAAAUGGAUUGAUCGGAUUUAUCAAGAGUAACCAAUAA